AUGCCUGCACGAGUUUACUUGCCUCCUUUGCCCUGCAUGGCACUUGACGAAAUAUUCCUUGAUCAGACUGCUGUCAGAAGUGGACGAGCUCUUAAACAUGCAUUCUAUGCAUUACAGAUUGGUCCUGCCUAUCAGGCCACCUGGCUGCCGCCUUACAGAGGCACUCACCCCAUCACCCAUCGCUGUGACAAACACAACUCAGUGUUAAACCGCUUGCGAGAAACACAGAAUACUGCUACGGAACCACCUUUGCAAAAUUCUCUCAAACGUCCUCACUGUUGCCUCGAGGCUUCGCGUACUUCCGUCUCGCACUGCGAGCACGUCUGCCUGCUCCGAGUCGAGGAAAGCCCCCCAAAACAAUGGGAGGAAUUAAUUUGGCACCCCGACGGUCUCGAAACCUCCCUACCCUUUAAAGAGGAGCUGGAUGAAGUAGAAGGGGAUGCGGAGAAUGAGGGUGUUCGGGGUGAGUUCGCCGAUCGUCGACUGAAGACCUAUCUGGAUGCUGUGCGCUCCCUUGUUGCUAUCUUUGCCUUCGGUGGCGCCGAUGACGAUCUUAUUUCGGCGGAGAAUGGACAUGUUGUCGCCAACCUGGUUGCCACCACGCAGCACGCCUAUGACACCCUUCAUGCUUGUGGGUAUGAUGUUGCUAGGGCACUGGAGGCUAUUCGUGACAACCCAGUCGUCUCCCUCGUGAGUCAGUCUGUUUUGCAUCUAUUUUAA